AUGUCUGAAGUAGUUGCACCUCCACCUCCACCACCAGCACCAGCACCACCACCUCCACCACCUGUAAGCAAAUCAUCCGCUCCAGGAAGAUCAGCUUUAUUGGGUUCCAUUGAAGGUUUUAGUUCAAGCAAAUUAAAAAAAGUUAAAACAAACGAAAAGAAACCUGCUGAUUCAAAACCACCACCUUCAGGAGCUUCAUCAGGAUCAAUUGGAGUUUCAUCAUCUAAACCAGCUGGAAAUGGACCAAAAGGCUUUGGUGAUAUAUUUUCAGGAGGAAUGCCAAAAUUAAGAAGUACAAAGGGAACUGCAGCAGAAUCAACACCAUCAACAACUGUAUCAUCAACAAACACUACUUCCACAACAACCACCACAACAACAAAACCAAUUCAAACUCCACUCAAGCCAUCAGCACCAACCGCAACACCAACUGCAAAACCAUCAAUAUCAAUUUCAAAACCAGUUGUUAAACAAUCUACAGGUGUUUUAAGACCAGCACCAGUAAUUUCAAAGGCUCCAGUCAUUAGCAAGGUAUCAGCUAAACCAAGUGCACCAGUUUCUAAACCAGCUGGAACUACAUCUGAACCAACUGCCAAACCAACUCCACCUGUCACCAAUACUUCAUCAUCAUCAUCAUCAUCAUCAUCGUCAUCACCACCAAAACCAGUUAUAGAUAUACCACCACCAAUCCAAAAACCAAGCCAUGAUUCAAAUGGGCCACAACCUUCAGCAAAUGAUAGUGGUGUUGUUAGUGAACAUACAAUUUUACCAGGUGAUGGUACUAAACAUACUCCUACAAAUACUAUUACUACUACUGCCACUUCUACAACUGUUAAACAUACACCAACCACCACUACUCAUACCACAUCAUCAUCAUCAUCAUCAACUACUACUGCACCACCAAAAGUUACCACAACUAGUAAUAUUUCAAAACCAGCAGGUGGCACACCAGCCAAUUGGGUCAAACCAGGCUCUGGCCCAAUAUCACCAAUUGGUAAAGUAGUUCAAAGUGCAUCAGUUCAAGUGGCACCACCAAAGAAGGUUGUUACAUCUUCUGCUACACCAACAAUGAAACCUGCUCCAGUAGUUUCAUCCGCUAAAAAACCGGCUGCUGUCAAUGCUUCUACACCAGCACCAGUGCCAGCAUCAUCCACUAUACCAGCUAAUACUUCAAAUCCAACCACUCCAACUAAUACAUCAUCACCAAAAACACCUGCAGUUUUCAAUAUUCCACCACCAAUUGCAAAACCUCAACCAAAUAAUGAAAACAAUGAUGCAAAACCAACUCCAUCACCAGUUCCAAUUCCACCACCAACCAUUCCAAAAGAACCAGAACAUAAACAUACUCAUUCUGCACCAACACCAGCACCUGAAAUACAACAUCAACAUCAACAUCAACAACAUCAACAUCAACAUCAACAAAAAACAACAGCUACAAAUCAUAUUCAUAAAGAACAAGAUUCACAUAAACCAAAUCCACCACCAAUUUCACAUCAAAACUCAUCCAAUAGUCUCAAUAAAUCACCAAGAAAAUUGGAUGGUGAAAAUGGUGAAUUAGUAUGUGCAAGAUGUGGUGGAGGCAUUGAAGGAAAUCAUUUCAAAGCAUUAGAUCAAGCAUGGCAUAUUGAACAUUUUACAUGUGUUGAAUGUAAUACUGGUAUCCAAAACUUUGUUUCUCAUGAAGGUCAACCAUUUUGUGAAGUUUGUUAUGAUAGAAAAUUCGUUGUUCACAAAAUCUGUAAUGUUUGUGAAAAACCAAUCUAUGGUACUGUUGUUUCAGCAAUGAAUAAUACUUUUCAUUCAGAAUGUUUUGUAUGCAGCAAUUGCCACUCUUCUUUCCCAGAUAAUGAAUUUUAUCAAUAUGAAAGUAAACCAUGGUGUGCAACAUGUAUUCAAAACAUAACUAAAACAAAAUACGAAAAAUGUGAUCAAUGUCACCAAGAGAUUGACUCAAAAUCAGAUGGUGUCAUUAAAGUAUUAGGAUCUAAAUAUCACAACAAUGGUAAAUGUUUCGUGUGUCGUGGAUGCCAAACUGUUUUCCCAAACUUAAAUUAUUAUGAAAUUGAAAAUCAACCAAUGUGUUAUGAUUGUGCUAUUAAACAUUGA